AUGGCGAUCACACAGCAGAAUCGCACAGCCCGGCAAGAGGCCAGCAGCAGCCUUCAAGGGGGCUCAGCCGGGAAAGAAUGGAACCUUGAAGAACUCAGAGCAUGCGGUGCGGUCGACACUGGCGCCUCAAGGAAGCUUGAUCUGACUGGCCAAAUCCAUCCCGUCUUCGCCAAUUGGAGACCAGAUGUUGAGCCGCGGCUUAAACGGGAACUGGAGCAGCCGCUUCUACUCGCCAGCAAGCUGCUCGAUGGUACAGGUCUGCCGUGGAUUUCUGACUUCGUCAUCGACAACAUCUUUGACGAGUCGUACCCGGGCAGACAUGCUCUCGGCGGCAGCGGCUUCGCCUCAACUGGCACUGUUGUCAAGGUUGAUGCCCGAAAACCUCUUACAGUUCUUCGAUUAAGUGGUAUCGCGAGUGCUCUGAGAUUAGACGAUGCGUCGGAUACAACGCCGCCCUCAUCGCCAUCAUCAUCAUCUUGGACCGCCAGCUCGAGCCCACCAAGCUCUGUUGACAUGUCCCCUCGGUCAUCCGUGGCAAGCUCGCUUUACUCGUCCACAGAAUGCCCUUCCCCGUCGCCAACUCCCGUGAGGCAUCUUCAGCGACCGCCGUCGCAUAACCCGCUGCAUUCGUCACUGCCUCUGACAAAUGGACGCAUGCUUCCGCUUGCCCACAAAAAGUCUGUGAGCACGUCUGUGACCAACGAAGUUCCUCUUCCGCCAAGCACGCCUCAGGCCCCGGAGACCGUGAUACGCCACCACCGUGCUUCGUGGUGGACACGGGGCCACGAGACCAAGUGGUUGCAUCGGACGGAUCGUUGGCUUCGCAGGGAACUCGCACCGGCAUUGAGUUGGCACCUCGACAUCCGUGGCGCCGGCCACGACUGCAACAAGGGCAGAAUCCGCACAACGCGGAUACAAGGAAGUAAUGACUACGAUAUUGCCAUCUCAUCCGAGCUGCCGGAAAGGCUCGCAAUGUUGCGAAAAGCUGGUGCUGCGGACAGCGAGGAGUUCCUAUCGACAUCAUUCAUGACCUGCAUAACAAUACUGCACGAGCUGGGACAUGCUGUAUACUGGCGAGGCUGUCACCCAGAGCCUUUUGUCAGGCAUGCUUGCUCGCCGGAACCUUUCUUUGGAGCAGACCUGGAAAUGGAGCUUGGCGACAGCUUCGUCUCGUCGUUGUUUGGCGGAUGGACACCAACUCCCAUUGUUCUGCCAGAGGGCGGACCCAAGAUAGGGCCUGGGCUCUUCAACCGCCGCGGUGGCUUAGCUACAGCGAACAUUGUCCUGUCUCGCCGUCACACCAAGAUGCUGCGAUUCAAAACAGGUCUAGCCUGGCGGCAGGCGUUGUCCUGGGACCGGCAUCGGAUCAGACCCAAGUACCGCGCUCAUUAUUCCAUUCCGAUUGACCACAUGGCGCUGCUCUUUUCCCAGCCGUUGUGGGACUCUUGUGAGGGCGAACCAGCUACACUGAUCCACCCGCUCGCCCUCGUCCAGGACGAGACAGCUUCCCUCACAAGUACCGUCGGCCUCAUCACCAACGCGGCCGUGCUCAAGGGCGAGCAUGCCUGCGCCGCUCUGCCGGAUUUCGUGGCCCAUCCGAGCGGCGAAGGAUGGAUGUGGAAGCAGACCAGGAAUGUCGAGCAACUCGAGUGCCGGAUCAAGCAGUAUAACGGCAGACUGUGUCUCGACUCUGACUUGCCAGUCGCCUCUGAGGGUGACGUCCAGGAGGCACUGCCUGUCGGGCAAGACUCGUUCCAGAUGCUCCAGGGCUCGGUGCCCAAGCAUGGGGCGGUCGAUAUUUCUCUGAAGGCGGCCAUCCGCAAUAGGAACCAGCAGCACCGAGAGAUGCCAAAUAAUGUCGCUGUUGAGGAGCCGAGGCUAGCUACAACUAGCACGAGCACUGUGUAUCCUAACCGCACCACAACAGAGAAGCUCCAGCUCGGGAAGGCCAAGACCGACAAGGGGAGGACAAGUCAACCUCUGAAGACUGGCUCCGAGCUGCUUGCGCUCAAGCUGAGCGAGGCGCGACCGCUCGAAGACCCGGAUAUCACCAGCAGAAAUAACAGAACCCGGCCGAAGUCCUUGGGAAGUGUCCAGUACCGGAUGACAUCUCGUGAGGCCCAAGAGGCGAUACCGCCUGUACCCAAGCUUCCUGCAUCGGCCCCAAACUUCUUCCCACCAGCCGCUCGGAGACAGCCGCCCCAGCCACCACAGCAAGAGAGCCGCCCUCAGCAAGGCUCUCCGCGGUCGAUGCUUCCCACGCCGGUCCGCACUACUGAGAGUGCUGGCCACAAGCGGUCCGUCUCUGCAAGUGUAUCAACAGCUACUGGCGUGACGUCUGGGACUGUCACUCUCAAGCCCAGCCAGACAGCGAGGGCGGUGGGCACAGUACUACCAGCAGCCGCGACGGCGAACAGCCGUACCCUUACCUUCAACUUGCGACGAAGUCUCUCGGCCAGACACCCGCGACGCAGACACGACGACAAAGACACGACUAGCAAUGCUAAUAUCAGCGACAAUCACUUGACUAGAGACCCUCAAUACUCAGACCAUAGCCGCGUUUUAUCAAACAACAACCAGACGAUCCCCGUCCCAGUGAUUGGCCGUUUCCCUGCCAUGUCCAUGACCGCCACGAAGAAGCACACAUUCCACCAAAAGGCUUCUGAGCUUCACAAAACUAGGAACUACGUAACGGCGGCAUCGUCGUCAUUGGCACCACCACCACCACGGCCGCCACCACCACCACCACCAUCAUCAGCAGCAUCGGCAUCAUCCGCCACAGCAAUGAGACGCCACAACAGCUGCAGCCGGGCCACGAAUCCCCUGGUUGUCGGAUCCGCCGGUAGGACUACUAUCACCGCGGCCGCCACCAACAAUACCACCGACGAGAAGGAGGUGACGGUCGAGGAACUCCGCCUGCGGCUGUCGAACAUGAUUGACACGUCCAUCACCGAGCUGGAGUGGCUGUACUUUUAA